AUGCGGGGAUUGGUUCGGAUACGUCGUCUCGAGACAGGUUUUCUGAGAAAUGGUUUGUUCUUGUCUGAACGAGUCUUUUCUAGUCGCAGUAAUGGGGAAAUCUCUUAUAGAGAGAGAUUGAGAAGUGGGCUUGUUGAUAUUAAGAAAGAUGAUGCUAUUGCUCUGUUUCAAGAAAUGCUUCGGUAUCGUCCUCGACCUACGCUCAUUGAUUUCAGUAGAUUGUUUAGUGGCAUUGCGAAAACAAAACAGUAUGAUCUCGUGUUAGGUCUCUCCAAGCAGAUGGAAUUGGCGGGGAUUGCGCAUGGCCUCUACACUCUUAAUAUUAUGAUCAAUUGUUUCUGCAGGUGCCGGAAACUCGGUUUUGCUUUUUCAGUUAUGGGAAAGAUUGUGAAACUUGGGUAUGAGCCUGACGGAAUCACAUUUUCGACUUUGAUGAACGGAUUAUGUCUACUAGGUAGAGUUUCUGAAGCUGUGGAAUUAGUUGAUCGAAUGGUAGAAAUGAGACAUAAACCCAAUCUCAUUACGCUUAGCACUCUGAUCAAUGGACUAUGUCUCAAGGGUAAAGUGUUUGAAGCAAUGGGUUUAAUAGAUCGAAUGGUGGAAAAUGGCUGUCAGCCUGAUGAAGUUACCUAUGGACCGGUUUUACGUAUAAUGUGCAAGUCCGGGAAAACUUCCCUGGCCUUGGAUUUGUUCAGAAAGAUGGAAAAAGGAAAUAUCAAGUUCGGAGUAGUAACAUACAAUAUUGUUAUCGAUGGUCUCUGCAAAGAUGGGAGAGUGGACGAUGCACUCAAACUUUUCAAUGAAAUGGAAAUGAAAGGGAUCCAAGCAGAUGUCAUUACCUACAACACUCUCAUCGGAAGCUUUUGUAACGAUGGUAGAUGGGAUGAUGGUGCACAGUUGCUGCGGGAUAUGAUCACAAGGAAAAUCACCCCCGACAUCGUCACAUUCAACGCAUUGAUUGGUAGUUUUGUAAAAGAGGGCAAGCUUCUAGAGGCCAAAGAAUUGUACAAUGAGAUGACUAAAAGAGGUAUAACUCAUGAUACCAUUACAUAUAGUUCUUUGAUAGAUGGGUUUUGCAAGGAGAACCGCUUAGAUGAGGCCAAUAAGAUGCUGGAUCUGAUGGUUAGCAAAGGAUGCAAUCCUGAUAUCGUGACUUAUAGUAUCCUUAUAGAUGGAUACUGCAAGGCUAAGCGGGUUGACGAUGGUCUUAAACUCUUCCAGAAAAUGUCUCUGAGUGGACUGGUUGCUAAUACAGUUACUUAUAGCACUCUCAUCCAAGGGUUUUGUCAAUCGGGAAAACUUAAUGUUGCCAAAGAAUUCUUCCAAGAGAUGGUUUCUCAAGGUGUUCGUCCUAGUAUUGUGACCUACAAAAUCUUGCUCGAUGGGUUGUGUGACAAUGGAGAAUUAAAAAAUGCAUUGGAAAUAUUUGAAAACAUGCAAAAGAGUAACGUGAAUCUUGAUAUUGGUAUAUACAGUAUCAUCAUUCACGGGAUGUGCAAUGCUGGUAAGGUGGAUGAAGCAUGGGAUAUUUUCAGUAGUCUAACUCCUAGAGGAGUGAAGCCCGAUGUUAAGGCAUACAACAUAAUGAUAUCAGGAUUAUGUAGGAAAGGUACGCUGUCUGAAGCGGACAUGAUGUUUAGAAAAAUGAAAGAGGAUGGGUAUGCACCAAGUGAUUGUACAUACAACACACUAAUCCGAGCACAUCUCCGAGGUAGGGACGUAAUAACUUCAGUUAAACUGAUUGAAGAAAUGAAGAGGUGUGGGUUCUGUGCAGAUGCUUCGACUAUGAAGAUGGUUUUUGAUAUGCUAUCGGAUGGUAGAUUGGAGAAAAGCUUUUUGGAUAUGCUUUCUUAA